AUGCAAUUUCAUUAUCAUAAAUAAGAAAUCAAAAUAACCUUCAAAAAGAGCAUUUAAUAAUAUAAGGGAUUAUUAUUUAAGAAUAUCAAUCCUAAAUUAGAUAUCUAUAGAGACAAAUCGAUUUCAUUUAGAAAUGGGAGAGUAAUUGGAAAAACUUGGAUUUAGGACAUUACGUGUUUUGAUGAAGAGAUAGAAGAUUAUUCAUUUCACAAAAGAGGAUGUCAUAUUGUUCUAAGAAAUUCAUUAGACAUCAUUAGAGUGAUAUCAGAGAACUUUAUUACUUUAAGAAUUAGAAAAAAUGCUACUCAUAGAAUUUAGUUAAAUGAAGAAAAUUAUAUUAACUAUCAUGAAGGAACUUUAAAUGGUUAACCUAAUAAAUUAAUUACUUAAAAUUCAUAUUAUAUAGAAGAGAUGAAUUGUGCAAUAAAUUAGAAUCAACUAAUACCAAUUGGAAUAAAAAUUGAACCUUUAAUUAAAUACUCUAAAAUAAGAUGUAUCAAAUUAUCAGAAGAAACUUAUUGUAUAUAAUAAAUAAAUAAGGAAUAGUGUUUAAAUAUUUUAAUACAUUAAGAUAAAUAGAUUCCAUUCUAUAAUGAUGUACUUUAUCUAGAAGGAUAAUUAUCAUAUAUUAAUGGCUAUUUUCUAUUAUAUAAUAAUGAAAAAUUAUAAAUGAUUAAUUAAAAUGGAAUUGAAUAUGAAGAAACAUUACAUGGAUAAUGUUACUUAGAUGGAUCUGAAAUCUUUAUAUUAAGAGAUAUUUCAAUAGAUGAAUAACUUGUUAAAAAUACAAUAGAUUUUACUAUUAAAGUUACAGGAGUCUUACUUAAAAUUUAAAUAAUUACUAAAUCUUUAAAAUUGAAAAUGAUGUUAGAAGAAAAUUAAAUACCACCUUAAGAGAUACCCGAUUACUUAGUUAAAAUUAAUGAUUAAAAGUUUAUUAAAGAAACAGUUAAAAAAUUAUGGAAAUAAAAAAGCAUUAAUAAAACUCAAUUAAUUGAAAUAUAUAAUGUAUUAGUUGGAAUGAAAAGGUCAAAUAAAUUAAGAGGAAAAUUAAAUUUAAUAUAAUGUUAUGAAACUGAAAAUUUAGAUAAUCUAUCUUUUUUAAAUUGUAUUUCAUCUGAAACUUGCGAUCUAUAAUAAAUUAUUAAAUUGUUUUAGAAUCACAUCAUAUACAAUUAUAUUCAUUUCUUGAAUUUAAUAAUUAAACAUAAACCCUAAUUUCUUGAUGAAGUUUUACCUAAUGGAACUUUAUUUCUAAAUUUUGAACCUCUUGAAUUAGGAACACUUUCUAAAUAAAAUAAACUUAAUGAUUUAAGUUUUCUUGGUACUUAUAAUGUUCCCUAAAUUUAAACCAAUUAUUAAAAAAUUGCAACAUAAUUCUUAAUUUAAUGUCAUGGCAUAUAUUAUCUACCUAUUUAAUAAGAAGAUUUUACUUUUUUCCUGUAUACUUUAUUGAUUAAAGGUGGAUAAUCAAGAUUAACGCUUAAACAAUUUAUGUAAGAAUAAGAUAAAUUACAUACUCUUUUUACAUAUAGUUCUAAAAUAGAAUCCCUUUUUGGAUAAUUAAAUUAAUAUUAUUAAGAACAUAAUUUAAAUUGGUUUGAUGAAAUGUUAAAUUAAUUAAGAAAAACAUAAUAUCCUGUUUAGAUUUUCUAAUCAAUUUUAGAUUAUUGUCCUAAUCUAACUACUAAAGAAUAUCUUGUUCCAGUAAAUCUGGCAUUUGAAAGACUAUUAACUUUUUCUACAGAUAAUUAUUAAUUAUUUUAAUAAUUAUUAGACUCUUUUAUAUUUAUCAGAAAUUCAUUUGAUUAAGAUGAAUAUGAUUAAUUGUAGAAUCUUAUUUCUUUAUUGUAAUAAUCAACAAUUCUAUCACAAAUUAUUUCAAAUUUUAAUGUCGUUUAUUAAUUAAAUACAAUUAUUAAUAAGAUUAUGUAGAAUCCAGAAGAAUCUUAAAAAUGCAUAGAACAAUUACUUGAAAAUUAUCAUGUAAAUAGAGUUAAAUAAAUGUAAUUUAAAAUUUAAGAUAAAAUAUUCAAUUUAUAAAACUAAAAUGAAUUGAAAUAAUGUUUUUCAUUUGGAUUUAAAAAUUAUAUAAAAGAUGAAAAAAAAAUAGAAUUAUCUAUAUUUAAAAAGAAUCUUGAAUUUGGUAAAUAUAGAGAUGUUAAGCUUCUUUGUUAAACCUUUAAUCUAAGUAUUAAUUAAUUUGAUGAGGCAAUAUCAGAUGCUAUGUAUAGAUAUUUAUAACUUCAAAAGAAAAUUGAUUAUAUUGAAGAUGAAAGAAAGAAGUUUUUAGAAAUUGUAAAUGAAAUACAAAAAAUUAAAAAAGAAAAAUUAGUCUAAACCAAGAAGACAAUGAGUCUUUAUAAGUUUAUUAUAGAAUCAAAAGAAGUUGGGAAUUAUAAAGAUUUAGAUUUAUUUAAAUGUAAUCAGAUUUUAUUUCAAAUUUAUAGAAGAACAUAAAAUUUAGAUUUACCAUAUUUAAGAUUAAAAAAGAAAUUAGCAAAAGCUAAUAAUUUAGCAAUAUAUGAUAGAGAAUUUUGUAAAUUUAUGAUAGAUUUAGCAUAAAAAAAUUUUAAUAUUAAACCAUAAAAGGCUUAAUUAAUUUUAGAUGAUCUUUCUAAAAAUGGAGAUGAAAUAAUUUAAUCUGAAGUAUCAAUAAUUUUAUUAUAAUUUUCAAAAGAUGAAAAUUAGAAAAGAGAACAAUAUUGGAAGGUCUUAAAAUAAUCAUCAUCUGCAGAUACAGUAUAGACUUUAUUAAAAUUUUAAUAAAAGCAAACUAAAUAAAUAUAAUUAAUGCCUUAAAAAAUUGAAAUAAUAUCUAAAGAAUUGAUAGAAGCAUCUUUAGAUAAUUCAAUUAGUAUAGCAAAAUUUGAAUAAGAAUAUAAAAAAUUUUAUUCUGAGAAUUUAAUUGAUGUAGUAUUUUUAGAUACUUUAUUAAAAGAUCCUUAAGAGGCUUUCUUUUUACUGUCAAUUAAAUAAUCAUAAAACACAAAAUUAUUAAUACAAAAAUUAGUCUAAAGUCAAUUAUUGAAUUCAGAAAAAAUAUUAAAUUAUUAUAUUCAAACUUUUGUAAAACCUUUUAAUGUAAUUAAUUUAUUAUAGGGAGAUGAUAAGGAACUUGAAGAAUUAGCUUAAGCUCUUGUCAUUAGUUAACAUAAAUAAAUUUUUGAUAAAAGAUGCAUUUUCAAUAAAAAUGAAAGAUUAAAUUAAAUUAUGGAAAGAUUAGAUACAUUAGAAUUGGAUAAUAUUAUACCAGAAUUGUUAUAUUUUAAAGAUUUAAAUAUUAAAGAAUUAAAGAUACAAAAUUUUAUAAAAAGAAUAUAAUAAACCAAUUUGAGAUAAUAUUAUAAAAAUCAAGAAUAAAGUUUGACAAGUUAUGUGAAAAAUUAAAUCAAACGUAAUCCUGAAAUAAUUAAUAUAUAAAUAGAUUUAAGAUAUCAUUUUAUUAUUUAUGAAGAUAUUUAUGGAUUCACUAUUAAAGAGAAAUAUUUAAUUCGAUCUUUCAUUUAUUAAUGUAUAGAAAGUAAUAAAUCAAUUUAAAAUUAUGAUAACAUAUAUAAAUAAAUUAUAUCUAAGGAAUUCAAUUUUGAGUAAGUGAAAGAAGAUUUUUAUUAAAUAAUUGAAUUAGAAUGUCUAUUCAUAAUUAGUGAAAUAGCAAAAUAUUAUUAUUAAAAAUAAGAAGAAGUGAUAUAAUUUUAUUGUUAAAAGUUAUUAUCAAGUUCUUAAUGUAAUGAUGAAAUCACAUUUUGGUAAAAGUAAGACCCAUAAAAUUAAAUAAGGAACAUUUUAUUAGACACUUUAAAAAAGUAGAAUCAAUCUUUAUAACUAAAUAAUGAAUUGAGAUCAUUGAUUGUUUGA